UGAAAUCUCCAUAUCUCGGCCUCGGAAUUUGACCUGAUGGCGGGCGCGUAUAGCGUAUAGCGUCCACCCACCACCCACGUGGGAUCCUCGAAUAACACAAUCCGCUUCUUUCCGUUGUGCUUCUUACUCCACCAGCCCUCCUCUUAUACCAGACCUACGAUACUUGUGUGGUUUUCAUCAACACACCAGACAGACAGCCCACCAAGAUGGCCUUCACAAUGCACUCCCACUCGGGGCAGUUCUGCCCCGGCCACGCCAAAGACCAGCUCGAGGACAUCGUCCUCCACGCCAUAGAGCUUGGAUACAAGACCAUGGGACUCACCGAGCACAUGCCGCGUACCCAUCUCUGCGACCUCUACCCAGACGAGCUCGACCCCGACCCCAGCGGCGCCCUCGCGGCCCUGGCGCCCCGGCACGCCGCCUACCUGGCCGAGGCGCGGCGGCUGCAGGCCAAGUACGCGGGCCGCAUCGAGCUGCUGGUCGGGUUCGAAGCCGAGUUCAUCCGCGCCUCCGACUACGCGCCCUACGUGCGCGCCCUGGCCGCCGACGCCGGCGUCGACUACUUCAUCGGCUCGCUCCACCACGCCGCCGGCGGCGUGCCGCUCGACUUUGACGCCGCCCACUACCGGCGCGCCGUCGGGGCCGUCGGCGGGUCCGAGGAGUCCCUGCAGGCCGCCUACUACGACGAGCAGCUCGCCAUGCUCGAGGCCCUGCGGCCCCGCGUCGUCGGCCACUUUGACCUGGUGCGCCUGCUGAGCGCGGACCCGGGGAGGGACGUGAGCCUCUGGUCGCCGGAGCUAGUGUGGCCGCGCGCGAGGCGGAACCUGGCCUUCGUCGCGGGCUACGGCGGCUGGCUCGAGUGCAACACCAGCGCCCUGCGCAAGGGGCUCGACGAGCCCUACCCAUCGAGGCCUGUGGCCGAGGAGUGGCUACGUCUCGGCGGCAAGUUCACGUUUUCCGACGACAGCCACGGCAUCGCCCAGCUGGCAACAAACUACUCGCGCGGCCUCGACUACCUCGAGUCCCUGGGCGUCACCGAGCUCUGGACCUUUGAGAGGCGAGUGGGUAACGAUGGGUCAAAGGCCGAGAUUGUCGACAAGUGUGUGACGAUAUCCGACUUUAGAGCCUCGCUAAAGCCCGUGGGCGCGGCCAAAGUAUAGAGACAGAGGUGACAUUUCUUAGAGGCGAGACGGUAUGGCGGGCUAUCAUGACAUACGAUAGAAGCCAGACAGACCAGAGCUAGACUAGAAUUAGAAGGGAGCCAAAGUUGGCAAAUGAGCGCAGCAUGCUACGCAGAACGCCCACUUGACUCCACUCACGCCGCAACAGAGAACAGCGGCAAAGACCACGCGAUUCGAAUACACUAAUGUAUGGGGUAUCGGUAUUACACGCUUGCGCUCUAGAAAGCAGCAGGCGUCUGGAAUCUUGCAAC